GAACUCGUGGGAUUUGCAGCGGAGAAGAUCCUUUGCCUCCCAAAAAACACUUUAAUUUCAAGCGGGAGCGCACGGCACACCCACGCUUUCAGGUCGAAUUUCUCUGUUCUGUUUGGUUGCGGAGAAAGUGAAAGAAAAGAAAAGGAAAAUGAGAGCAAACUUGAAAUGGUGCAUCACACUGCCAAUUUUAUGGCAAUCGCUUGUCGGAGACGAAGCUCUCCUGUCUUGUCCUAUGGAAUCCCGAGGACCGCUAGGGUUCUCCGAGGAAUUUGUGGUUUGUUAUGUGGUUGCGCUUGGUUGCCGAGAAAAUAUUGGAAACUGUGAUUGCAUUUUUCCAUUGCUUACAGGUGGAUGGAUGGAACUGAUAUUGGAACAAGCAGUACUCUGGCUGAAGAUGAUAUGGAGGUAAAACCUCUUAGUUCACAAGUCUUGGAAUUUGACAUAGUAAUUCCCUCUGUUGAUAAUGCACAACCUAAUAUUUCUUUAGAAGAAGAAGAUGGCAUGGAUAUGGUACCAAAAAUUGGAAUGGAGUUUGAAUCUGAUGAUCAAGCAUACGAAUUUUACAGUAAUUAUGCUAGAUUGACAGGGUUUAUUGUUAGGAAUAAUCAUUUAGACAAGAGUGAGGUGAAUGGUGAAGUGCUAGCAAGAAGGUUUCCUUGCUCUAAAGAAAGUUUUGUACAGAAUGACAAAUAUGGUGCUAGUGCGAGGAAACGUAGGAAGGAAAGGAAAACCGGUUGCUUGGCACAAAUGGUCGUUUCUCGCCAAUCCAAUGGUAAAUAUGCUGUCAUCCAUUUUGAAGCUAAACACAAUCAUGAAGUUAGGGCCCCAGAUGGAGCCUGCAGUGUACCACCAGAAGGGAGAUUAACUGAUGCUCAAGCUGCUGGUGUUGACUCAGAGGAUAGUUUUAGGAGACACUCAGAAUCAGCCUUUGACUAUAACAGCCAUUUGCAUUCUAGGAGGAGAAGAGAAAUGAAGGAAGGAGAGGAAAGAAUUUUGUUGGAUUGUCUACAGAAGCGGCAAUUGGAAGAUCCAUCAUUCUUUUAUGAAGUGCAACAUGAUAUUGAUGAUUAUAUAACCAACAUAUUUUGGGCUGAUAAACAGAUGAUUGUGGACUAUGGCCAGUUUGGUGAUGUGGUUUGCUUCGAUACAACUUUCAGAACUAAAAAAGAUUGCCAACCAUUAGUGCCAUUUGUUGGUGUGAAUCAUCACAAGCAAGUAGUUAUAUUUGGUGCUGCACUUUUAUAUGAUGAUACUAUUGGAUCUUUUGAGGCACUAUUUCAAACAUUUAUGACAGCAAUGUCUGGACAGAAGCCAAAGACAAUUCUCACAGAUCAAGAUGCAGCAAUUAGUGAAGCGAUCAAUUUGGUGAUGCCAGAAACAAAUCAUCGUAUAUGUAUCUGGAAUAUAUACCACAAUGCUCUUUUACAUCUAAGCCAUGCAUUUGAUGGCCCAGGCUCUUUUUCCAGAGAUUUUAGCAGCUGCAUUUAUGAUCAUGAAGAUAAAGAGGACUUCAUUCAGGCGUGGAAGGUAAUGUUGGAUACACACAAUCUUCGGAAAAAUAAGUGGUUGAAGGGGAUAUUUGAUGAAAGAGAGAAAUGGGCUAUUGCCUAUGGAAGGCAUACUUUUUAUGCAGAUCUAAAAAACUCAGAGUUAAUUAACAGUUUUAAUAGAAACUUGAUGGAUCACUUAAACCCUGACCUAGAUAUAUUGCAAACUUUUGAGCAUUUCGAAAGGAUGGUGUCUGAUCUACGUUGCAAAGAAUUAGAAGCUAGUUAUGACAUAUUUGAACAGUUGCCAUCAUUGUUGGGGAAUGUGAUAUUGUUAAAGCAUGCGAGGGAUGUUUAUACACCAGAAGUCUUUGAAGUGUUUCAACGAGAAUAUGAGAAGUGUCUGAAUCUGGUUGUUAAUGAGUGUGGUUCAAGUGGAUCUUUAUUUGAGUACAAGGUAAACAUAUAUGAACAUUCUCGAGAGCAUAAAGUUACAUUUAAUUCAUCAAAUGAUACAGUAGUCUGCAGUUGUAUGAAGUUUGAAUUUGAUGGAGUUUUGUGCAGCCAUGCUUUAAAAGUGCUUGACCAAAGGAACAUAAAGGUAGUUCCAACACAAUACAUGUUAAAUAGGUGGACAAAAGAUGCAAGGGUUGGAAGUGUAAGAGAUGGUCAUGGGUCUAUCAUAGAAGAAGACCCUAUGUUGGCUGCAGCAGACAAUUUUAAAAUCUUGUGCCAUAAGGCAGUUAAAAUGGCAGCUGUGGCUGCUGAAUCUGGAGAAGCAUAUCAACAUGUUAACAUAAGAUUCGAUGAGAUAAUGCAAGGCUUGGAGAAGAUUUCAAGGAUAAAGGCCCUUAUGGAUAUUCAGGUAGCAGAGAACUCUGGCCGAUUUGAUGGAGAUGGAGAUGUGUAUUUUAGAGAUGAACCUGCUUUCCCUGGAGGUUCUUCGAUGAGUACAAGUGAUUUUAUAUCCACUGGCUUCACAACUUCCCCAGAUUACUUAAUGCUGCAGAAUGAUGUCAUGGUGAGCAAAACUUCUGAGAGGAGUUCUGGAUUGGACUCCAUGUCCAUCCCUCCUGUGAAAAUGUGCACAGUGUGCAAGGCUACGGUCUCCUCAACAUGGCGCUAUGGCCCCAAGGGCCCAAGGACCCUAUGCAAUGCUUGUGGGCUUCGGUAUAAGAAGGAACACAUAAAGCUAUGGGAAACUCCUAUCCAUUGUUCAAACCCCAAGGGUUCAACAAAGAGAAGAAAAUCCUCCACAACAAAUGAGUUCUAAGUUGUGUCUGGAUAUCGGUUGCCUCAUCUUUUUGUGUCUGUGCUUACUGCUUAUCCCUUCUAUUGCUAGUUACAUCAUACAUGAUGACUUUGAUAAAAAGUCUGAUAUUUAUUGUUAGUCCAUGAGAUCACACAUAGGGAACUCUCUCUUUCAGCGACCCUUGUCAAAUAACUUCAAAGUUGUUUUUAUGAAAAAUCUUUUGGCUGCUCUUUCCAUUGUUUGGAUGCUAUUUUCUUUUUAAUUUAUUCCCUCUUCCUUGGAGGCUUAUGUUACAAGUUUGAUGCCAGGGGGUCUUGAUGGCAUUUCUUUUCCUCUAGUUAGUUUUGCGUGUUAGGGGACCCAAUGCUCAGCAGAUCACCAAAAUAACAUUUUCUUUUCCCCAGGGAACCAGUGGGGGUAGUACGACCCAAACAUUUUAUCACAGGGAAGGGGGAAGGGUUGUGACUGAUGAUUCUGUGAUACGUGCAAAGGAGAUCUAUGAGUCAUAAUUACCGGGGAAUGUGUGAAAUGCAGGAAGCUAGGGCUACGAAGAUGGUAGCUAGAGCUCUGAGUGGUGUCCUAGAAAGUGUUAUGAGAUAGAGCAAGCAUCCAUAAUCGUGAGUAACAUGUAGAGAACUCCAAGUUUGUUUUCUCUUUCAUGUCUUGAGCUUUAUCUGCACAGCUUAGAAGCUUCUUGUCCGCAUUUCAUCUGUCCCUUUCUGCUGCCUUCCCACGAGUCUAUUCAUUUAUGGGGAAAAAGAAAGAGAAAAAAAAAAAGAAAAAAGAAAAAAGUGCGCUCCAACCAUGGCCGGAAAUGUCAUACCAACCAAAAGCUGGUUACCAAGCUAGAAAUCACAAUGUUUCUUGCUGUAGUUAUAAUUAUUGAUGUUGAUUCCUCUUAUUGCCUUUCUAUACCCUUUUUUUUUUUUUUACCGGUUUUUACCGUAUCUGACAAGCUGGAUUUACCACAGUUUUCCAUAUUUGGAUACUAGCAUGUUUUCUGGGCCAGUUGCUCAUUUCAUCUC